AUGCAAGUACUAAUUGCUUAUCCAUUUAAAAGUGAAAUUCGUGAUCGUCAUCAAUUAAUUUAUUCACCAGAACUAGUUCAGGAUGAACUAAGUCUUCGCGUUGCUAUUCGUCAACAUCGUCCUCAUGUUAUUAUUGUUGGAAAUAAUUCUGUUGUAAGUGAAACACUAGAAUUAUGGCGUACAAUUAUGGGUGAUGAUAUUAAAUUAACAUUAAUUCGAAGAGGUUCAUCACUUUCUCGUAUUCAUGUUGAUCGUGCUCGACAAUUAAACAUAAAUGUGCUAAAUACAUUAAGUGUAAAUUCUCGAUUUGUUGCAGAAUAUAUGAUUGAAAAUCUUCAUUUACCAAAUGAUGGAACUUGUUCAACGAUCGGAAUAAUUGGAUCAGGUGCCAUAGGAAGUCGAAUUGCUUAUCGUUUAUGCAGAGCUAAGUAUAAAGUUUAUGUUUAUAGUCCAUCAUUAACAAAUCCUGAUGAAUCUGUUCAAUCGAAAAUUCGAAAACGUAAAGGAAUUGACUUUUCUGAUAUAAAUAUUUCUAUGACAGCAGAACAAGCUGUUACUAAUGCUACCCAUGUUGUACUUGCUAUUGAUGCUGAUCAAGUUAAAAAUGUUAAAGAACAAUUAUCUAAAGAAUUUUUUCAAAUUAUACCAAAUGGAGCAAGACUUGUAUCUGUUACAGAGUUUUGUGUAUUUGCUCAAGGAGCUCUUGAUAUUCUUAUUGAACGUGUUCGACAAGGACAAAUCAGUGCUCUUUUAGAUUCGCAUGCAUUUGAUAUAAGUACAAUUAAAGAUCCUCCAACACAAUUAGAAACUGUAUCAGCUGCUAUGAAAGUACCCGGAUGUGGUGAAGCUAUGGAUCAAGCUGCUCUUGUUGUUCUUGCUAAUGUUGUACUUGAACAAUCAUUUAAGUCACCAUUACCAUUCUUCAUUGAUUCAUCUAGAAAAAAUGAAGAAAUUACUGUUAUUGGAGCAGGUAUCAUGGGUUUAGUAACUGCUUUCUUUCUUAGUGGAAGCGGUUAUAAAGUAACUAUUAUUGAUGAACAUAACCGUCCUAAUCCGCAAAAUGAAUUUAAUCAACUUGAAAUAUCAUGCCGUGGUACAACACUUGAUGGAUGUGAUGCACGACAUGCAUCUAUAACAGAAACAAUACCGCAUGCAGUAUUUUAUAGAAUAGAUAGUUUAAGAAAAUAUCCGUUAGAUCAUGGAGGAUGGAAAAUUAUACCUGAUCAAUAUCAUUAUCGAGAACGAGUAUGGAUUGAGAGAUUUAGUGAACUUGCUGGCUAUCCAGAAUUAGUUGUAAAUUUAUUUAAUCAAUUUGUAUCAAAUAUAAAUAGAUGUGGAAUCGAAUUAUGGGAGAGAAUAUUUCAACUCUAUCCAGAAUUAGUUCAACAUACAAUUAAAAAUCGUCGAAUUAUUCGCGUAUGUUCAUCAUUAACUUCAUUAAAUGUUGUUUCAACAUUUCAAAAAAAAUAUCAUAAAAAUGAUGAUAAUCUUCAAAUACUGUCACAUUCACAAGUUCUUGAAAAAAUACCCGGUCUUAUACUUCAAGAUGGCGAUGCUGGUGGAAUUGAAGUACCUGGUUUUACUGUUAAUCAUCUAAAACUUUGUCAAAAUAUGAUUGAAUUUUUAGAAAACAAUCCGAAUGUUAAAUUUAAAUGGUCAACUCAAGUUCGUUCAAUUGAUGAUAUAUCUUCUUCGAAAAUAAUCUUGGCAUCAAGUCUUAAUACUUUGGAUUCUCCAUUAUUAGAUAAUGUAUCAUUAGCUGUUCAAGGUGUUCUUGGAUGUUGGAUAAAGAUUCCGAAUGUUCAUUCAAUAAAAAAUGGAUUUAAAAUAGCCGAAAAAGAGCCAAUCGGUGUUAUCAAUGUAACACCAAGUUAUGACGAACAACAUUUAUAUGUAACAGGUGCAUUUGCUUUUUGUGGUCAUCGUGGCAUUGUUCAAUCACCUCAUCUUAUUCAAUUAAUUGAAUUAUUUCGUUCAACGAUACGCUGUUAUUUACGUGAUGAAAUGGAGGCAAGUGAAUCAGAAAUUCUUCCAACAAGAUUUUGUAUUCGUCCAAUGACUCCAGAUGGCAUGCCAGUUAUUGCUCAAUUGUCCCCUGAGAAUAAAAAGCAACAAGUUUAUUUUGUUGGUGGAACAAAUGCUGGAGGAUUUGUUGAAUCUCCAGUUUUAGCAACAAUUCUUCUGGAUUUAAUUCAAGGUUCAACAAGUAAUACGAAUCUUUGCCAUGUUUAUAGAUCUUUACGUAUUGAUAGAAAUACUUUAUUAUUUAAUUAA